UUAGAAAUAUUCAAAUUAAAUCAAUUUGAUAGCCGUUUAUUUUGUUUUUGUUUCGGUCGUAAACCUUUUCCACUAGCGCCAUGAUUGGAUAAUUUUAUUUCAUACACGACGUAAUGAAUAAAAAGAGCAUUAACACAUGAACCGCUAUGGCGAACCAACCAAUGAACAUUUCAAAUUCAUAAUCCAUACAUAAAUUUCACUUUAGUUGCGCCCGUUGAUUCAGUUGGAUGGACGGUUAGCACGGCUAGGACGAUUUUGUGAUGAAGUGAAAAAUUAAAGAAACGGAAAAUUAAGAAAGAAAUUUUUUUUUACAAGAUAAUUGAAAAAAGCCAUCGAUGAGUUUGUGACUUUUCCAAUGAAGAAAAAACUAUGAAAAAGAAGUGCAUGUUGAAACUCAUCAUUUUUUCCCGGAAAUUCUGACUCAAUUGAAUUUUUUUUCUGCAACAAAGUUAUCCAGCAUAAAAAGCAGAGAUGAAAGAAAGUUACUUUGAAGCAGUGCAAAAAGAUUAAUGAAUAAGAAAAAGAAGUCGAACGGAAAAAAUAUAGGGAAUAUUGGGAAGAUAUAAAAAAAACAUUGUUACAUACUCUAAGGGUGGGAAAAAACACACGCUAGAAAUGGCACUUGUGCUGCGUUCGUUUUACAACACAUACCAUUGGCUUUUCCAUGAGUAUCAGGAUCCACGGAUUGUCCAAUAUCCGUUAACAUCGUCGCCAAUGCUAAUCAUCGGACUGAUAACCUGGUACGUGUAUUUUGUCACUGUUUGGGGACAACACUUUAUGAAAACUCGUCCAGCCUACGAACUCAAUAACAUCAUCCAAAUCUACAAUUUUCUUCAAAUAAUUUUGAAUUUGUUCAUGGGCUCGUAUGCUGGCUACUAUGCGUAUUGGAAACAGACGAUUAACCUAUCGUGCGGAGCUAAUGAUCCAACAAAUGACUCAUAUGAAAUGCGACAAAUAAUUUUUGCCUCGUAUGUAUACUAUAUUUGCAAAAUUAUCGAUUUACUUGACACGGUGUUUUUUGUGCUCCGCAAAAAGAACAAUCAGAUAACUUUUUUGCAUGUGUAUCAUCAUGCGGGGAUGGUUGCCGCUACAUUCGUAUACAUUAAAUUUUUAAAUGGCAGUCACGGCACUUUGCUCGGAGUUAUAAAUUCAUACGUUCACGUGAUUAUGUAUGGCUACUACUUCUUGACAUCGUAUCGACCUGAAAUGAAAAAUUCACUAUGGUGGAAAAAGCACAUAACACAACUCCAACUGAUACAAUUUGGUAUUUUGGUCAUUCACUUCUUGAACCCGAUAUUAUUCUUCGAUUGCCAGUGGCCAAAAUACAUUAGCCUCAUCGGUGUGAUACAGAACACGUUUAUGUUUAUUCUGUUUUUGGACUUUUACAUCAAAGCCUACGUGCGCAAACCGAAGCAACAAUGA